AUGUCGGGUGCAGUACCAGAGAUUACUCGACGUAUCGAUGAAGCCAAACAGAAGAUGGGGAGAGUCAUGCAGAUUGCCGCGUUUUCUUUGGCCGAAGUGAGCUAUGCCGUUGGAGGCGAUAUCGGCUACCAGAUUCAAGAAUCCGCCAAGCAAGCACGAUUCCGUGUACGCGCCAAACAAGAUAACGUCUCCGGUGUCCUCCUGCCUCACUUCGAGAGCUACACGGAGGAAGGAAUCAAUGAUUUCGGCUUAACUGGUCUCGGAAAAGGAGGUCAACAAGUUCAACGGUCUCGAGAGACGUACGCUCGCGCGGUCGAAACCUUGGUUGAACUUGCAAGCUUGCAGACUGCGUUCGUUAUUCUAGACGAGGUGAUCAAGGUUGUUAAUCGGAGAGUAAACGCAAUUGAGCAUGUUAUCAUUCCCCGGACCGAGAACACCAUCAAAUACAUUAUGUCCGAACUCGACGAAGUUGAUAGAGAAGAGUUCUACCGACUUAAGAAGGUAUCAAAUAAGAAGCAGCGCGAUAUUGCCGCCGCAGACGCCGAGAUGGAGGCCCGCCGGGCAGCCGCCCAAGAGAAGGAGGGCCAAAAGGCAUUGGAACCAGAAAAGGAAGCACCUGACGCCCCCGAUGUCCUCGGAGAGCAAGAAGAUGCAGAUGUCAUUUUCUAG